AUGAGCGACCUGUCGAAUGCGCCGUCUGAGGACGAAGACUUCGCAGGAAGCGCGCCUGUAGCAGAAGAAGAGAACACUGGCACACCUGCAAACGUGGAGGACGACGAUAAUCUGGGAGACGAUCUCUUUGGCGAUGACGACGACGCGGACCAGCAGCCUGAACAGAGAAAGCUGGACGAUGAAGACCUCGAUUCGGGCGACGAUGAGGGUCGCAACGACCGCGCAGCGCGGGAUACGCCUGAUGUCGAGACGCAGAAUCAGAACUUCACCUUCGAGGACGCCGAAAUUGCGCGUCACGCCGUACCUGAACCCACCGACGGCGAGCUCUAUCUCCUCAAGAUCCCAACCUUCAUGUCCGUCGAUCCGACCGCUUUCUCCCACAAGACGUUCCAGCCUCCGACAACGGACCAUCAUUCAAACAAGCCCGCGUCAGACCACUUUUCUGCUUUCAAUACCGCCAUGACCACAAUCCGAUGGCGGCAUUCGCCAUCAGAUCCCUCAAAACUGCAAUCAAAUGCACGCAUACUGAGGUGGUCGGACGGCUCUCUCACACUGCAACAUGCCAACGAUCCAGUCAACCAAUACGAAAUCAGCGCGCAGAUGCUUGCGCCUCCACAGUCCAACCCUGUGGUGCCUACACCUACCAUGAUCACAGGAAAGCGGAGAGACGACCACAACAAGGAAAGCUACACGUAUCUCGUGGCACCUUGCGAAGGACCUAACGUCUUGCGCGUGACGAAUAAGUUGACUACCUACCUGUCCGUUGCGCCAACCUCAAAUACAAAAGACUCAGCAUUGGAGAAGCUGCAAAACGACCUUGCAGCCGCCGCGUCCCGUGGCCGCGAUGACGCCAACCAAGCCAUCUCUUUCAUCGACGUGAGCGAAGAUCCUGAACUCCGCCGACAACGCGAAGAGGUGCAAUACAAGGAGAAAUUGAAGCAGCAACGAGCGAGAGAGAAGCAUGCGGUCAGAGAGCAGGAGCGAAGUAAUCGAGUAUUGGGUAAGCCCAGGAGUGGCUACGGUCUGGAUGCCGAUAUGCUCGAAGGUGGCGAAGGCCGAAGGAAAGGCGGAGCCAAGAAGCCGCGGGCUCAGGCGCGCCGUGGACACCAAGACUGGAGCGACGAUGAAGACGAUGCUUACGCUCGACGCGGGGCCAACAAGGAGGAUGAGUACGACGAGUCGGACGACUUCAUCGCUGACAGCGACGAGGAGCCAGAAGUCGUGGAAGAUGAUGAGGAUGACGAUGAUGGGAUCAUUGAAGAGCCACGGAGCCGGAAGUCAGGGAGCCCGAAGCGGAGCAGGGGCAAUGAUGAUGAUGAAGAUGACGAUGUGGUCGCUCGAUCGAAGAAGAGAAGAGUAGUCGUGGAUGACGACGAGGAUGAUGAGUAA